AGUCCUAUAUUGAACAGGAACACCAAACCCGCAGUCUUGUCUUGCUUUGGCGAUAUUGCCCUCGCUAUUGGAGGAAAGUUCGAAGUGUAUUUGGAAGUGGUGAUGAUGGUCCUUGCCCAAGCUAGUACAAUGCGUACUUCUAAGGAAGCUAAUUAUGACAUGAUUGACUAUGUGAUGGCGUUGCGUGAAGGAAUAUUAGAAGCAUAUGUUGGUAUUGUACAAGGGUUAAAGUCAGGUGACAAAGCUGAAUUACUCUUACGUUACAUCGAACAAAUCUUUAACUUCUUGAUGAUGACUUGGAAUGAUAUUGAUAGAUCAGAGAUUAUUGUCCGUAGCAUGAUUGGUUUAAUUGG